AUGGCUGCUAGUCCGAUGAAUUCCGAUGAUAAAUUGUGUUGUUUAUGUACGCCAAAAAGAACACUUGCUAUUACGUCAUGUCAUGGAUGUUACCAUCAUUUCUGUAAUAAACACUUUAUUGAACAUCGUAACCAACUGUCGAAAAGUCUCAAUCUAACCAUCGAUAAGCACGAUGAAAUCCUUCAGGAUUUGAAUACUCGAAUAGAUACGGCGAUCCGUGAACAAUUCGAAAAUGAGGACGCUCAAAGCCUCUUCCGGCAAAUAAAUGAAUGGGAAGAUCGAACAAUAGUCGCAUGCCGUCACAUUGCCGACGAAGCUCGAAUGUCAAUUAAACAAGCAUUUGAUCAAUCGCGUUCGAAUCAUGCUCUUAGCGAGCGCUUGUUGUAUGUCGCAAAAGAACUUGAAGAACAGCAGCAUACGGAAAAUUUCGUUGAGCGUGAUCUUGACCGUUGGUUGAAAUUAUUGGAAGAUUUAAAGCACGAUAUCAAUCAACCGAUCAAAUACCCGACAACGAUUUCUAUCGACACACAUGAAAUCGAUUGGAAAGCGACCAUGCGAGUUUCUCACUUGCCCAACAUGAAUGAUACUGUGGAAUAUUAUGUUUUAGUCGCGGGAGAAAAAGGAGCCGGUAAAACAACGUUUAUUCAUUAUGUCGCGAAUCUAUUUGCUAAUAAACAUUCCUAUCGCAACCGUUUGCCUCAAACAUUGAUCGCGCCUGAUCAAAAAGAAAUCGUGAUCAAAUCGCCUCGUUUAAAACAGAAAUUCGCCUUCGAUCGCUAUUCAUUCUUGAUCGAUAAUCACAAAACACUCGUCUUUCUUGAUCCGCUAAGGAACAUCGAAGGCGAAGAUGUUUAUGUAAUUAUCGAUUCUCUAUGUAAUUUAUGUGGUAUUAAUCAUUUUGCCGCACUCGUUGUCAUUUCGGACGGUUCAGACAUUGAUGUAAAUCCUGAUUGGGAUGAUCUCAUCAAUCAUCUACAUGAACUGGAAACAUUUCGCGAAUUUCGAAUACCAAUCAAACAGAUAUCUCUUGUCUGGACGAAUGCACCAGCACAUGCAAUGAAAUUCAAUCGUAGUACAUUCAACAUUCCAUGUAAUACGAGUUUUUACUUUAUGCAAAACUCGGCGUAUCAAUUGUUUAAAACGUGUGCAGCUAUCGACUCUGUUGAGCCCGAUUUUCAUAUGGCAAUGGGGACAAUAAAAUCACUUAUAAAGAAAAUUGUCGAAAGUAUUCAGCAAGAUACGUGA